GAAAGAGGGACCUUAGAAGUUACCUAGGAGGUUAACCUAUUAAGCCUGGCAUAUAGUACGUGCUUCAUGACUCGGCUUAGUUAGAGGCAACCUAUCCCUGUGGAAGGGGUAAAACAGAAUUUGAAUUAGAAGAGAUCUCAGAAAUUAAUUUAAGAAUUCACUCAGUACUAAGCGUAGCACAUAGUAGGCAGUAAAUGCUUUCCGAAGACCUCCAGAGAACCUCCAUUUUCCUCUUGACAACAUGAAUUCCUAGUGCUUAACUUUCUCUUGCAGGUCAGAUUGAGGUCCUCUGCUUCACAGUUUCUUUAGCAGAAACUGCCUUCAAAAUGUACUAUUGUCAGGUCAACAGGCAUUUAAGGGCUUACUGUGUGGCUGGUACUGUGCUAAGGGACCUGCUCUGAAAGAGCUCACAUUGGAGAAACAUACAAGAUUAGAAGUAAUCUCUUAGGGGAGGCACUAACAUUCAGAAGGAUGGAAAGGUUUCCUGCAGAAAGGAGGUUUUGAGCUGAUUCUGAAGACCUUGGCUCCUUUGAAAUCCACUCCAUUUCACUCCAAUGUGAAUUGAGCAGCUUCUUAAAUGCUUAACAUUGUUCCAGUACUAAAGGAGAGAAAAGAAGAUGAGCAAGACAUAGUCCCUCUAGGAGAUGAAGAUAAAUGUUCAUAGUCAAACAAACAUUUAUUCAGCACCUACUAUGUACCAGGCAUUGUACUAAGCUAUUUACAUGAGUGAAUAGAAUACAAAUUGGGCUGUCAUAAAGGCUUUGGAGAAAUGCUAAAUUCCAAGAGAUAGUGAAAGCUUGUCCACCUCUGUGGAAAAGGGAAGAUUUUAUAGGUAGAGGGGACUUGGAAUCAGGAAUACUUGGGUUCAGAUCUAGCCUCAGACAACUGGUGAGAGGAAGAGGGAGAAACAGAAUGACAUACUCACCCAUUCAUGUCAUCCUGGACUUUCAUCUUCACGGAUGGUGAGGACCCAGAGUUACGCCUUCGAGCAGGAGAUCAUGUCAUCAACACCAAUUGUUCCUCCAUGCACACACGCCAAGCACUCUGUUGCAAAAUGUCUGUGGAGUAUGACAAGUUCAUCGAGUCAGGAAGGAAGUACAUGGUUCUGCCAUGUGGAUGAUGACAAUUAUGUGAACUCCAAAGGACUUCUACAGCUGCUCUCUGGUUUCUCCCCAAGUCAGGAUGUCUAUGUGGGUCGACCUAGCCUGGACCACCCUAUUGAGGCAGCUGACAGAGCCCAGGGAAGUGGAACUGCCUCUACAGUCAAGUUCUGGUUUGCCACAGGAGGAGCUGGGUUCUGCAUCAGCAGAGGUCUUGCCCUCAAAAUGAGUCCUUGGGCCAGUCUGGGCAACUUCAUUAGCACUGCUGAGAAGGUCAGACUCCCUGAUGACUGCACCAUUGGGUAUAUCAUCGAAGGACUGCUGCAGGUGAAACUGCUACAUAGCACCCUCUUCCACUCCCACCUGGAGAACUUGCAGAGGCUGCCAGCUGAUACCCUGCUCAGACAGAUCACUCUGAGCUACGGGGGCCCGGAGAAUCGGAGGAACGUGGUGAGUGUGGGUGGUGCCUUCAACCUGCAGCAGGACCCCACAAGGUUUAAAUCCAUCCAUUGCCUCCUCUACCCUGAUACUACCUGGUGUCCCCUGAAGAAGCCACUGUGACAACUCACCCAGGAAGUGUCUGAUUUUGGAAACAAUCCUGUCCUCAGGACCUACCUAUGGGGAGCAGAGAAAAUGGACUUGGGGUCUUCUGAUAAGGCAAAACCUCACACACCUCCCAUCAGAUACCAGCAGUGCUAUGGAGCCCAUUGAACUCUCUCCUCCAUCUUCACAGGCUUCCUCAGGGUCACAUAAGUGAUCUGGAGAAGGCCUGGACCGAAAUGAUAAUUAGCUAGAGGUAUCUCGCCCCUCUGAAGCCAAAUCCUGGAUCAAGGUUGGGCGCUCCCCCAGGACCCUAGAUUGGGCUCUGUGGAGAUAGCCAGGGAAGAAGAUGAGGUCCCUACCCUGGGAAAGAUCAUAGCUCUGAUCACUGCCCGGGAAAAGAAAUGCAGAGGUGAUCCCGAAGGGCUGAGGGGCCCCAGAGGCCCCCUUCUACAGCUUGGUAGAAACACAGGGCUUCAGUUUACCAAUCCUCCAGAUAGAGCUCUGGGCCUUUUGUUCUGGAGGCCCUGUAAGCAGUCUUGACUGACCAGAGCCUUUUAUCAGUCCUCCUUUGAGGUGGACCUUUGAGCCAUUGGCCCUUGAGGGGCCCCUGAAGACUGAAUGAGCUACAUGCCAGGAUUUCUUUUUUUUUUUCCCCUGAGGGUAGCCUAGGACCACUCAGGGUUGGGCUAGCCUCAAAGCAGAUGCAGGUUUAGGAAGAGCCUGGUGAUGACAAGGGAACAACAGUUCCCCCUCUCAAUAGCUACCUCUGGGUCCCUCUCUACUCAAAGGUAAUUGGGGCCAUGGAUGAAUUCCAGAGAAGAUCCUACGCCAUCUGGCAGUCUCAGACUUCUUCCCAGCCCCAGUGCAUUCAUCCUUUGGCUACUCUGGGGCACUGAGGGGAAAUGAAAGAGCCUUGACCUACCUUGAACCUGAGUCAGGGUUUAAAAAUCAGGCUUUCCCCACAAUCUGCUCCUUGUUUUCCAUUUGUCCCCCUACCCUUGAGUCUUUUAAGAACUGGGUAGAAUGGUGAGAAAAGGGUACUUCGUCCUCUCUUCUCUCUGCUUUCGCCCUGAUUCAGCCAGUGUUGAGGGUCUGUAGUUUCUCACAGUCAGAGAGCCCAUCAACCCAACCAGUUCAUGGUUUUCAGCCAAAUAAAUAAUAUUUAAAGUUAA